ACAAUCUAUAAUGAUAACGCGUCUGGUUCCAAACAAACCGUUAUCACGGUUCGUUCCAUAAGAAAUGCAUUGCCCGUAUAUUUUUUUUUAUUCAUUUGGUUUUUUAAUCCUUUUAAAUUGUUUUUUUACUUUUUAAACUGGUCUUAAAGUUUUCUUUGCAUAAGAAACUCGAGGUAUUUUAAUCAUGGUCAACUGCUGGGCACCCCAGUGUUCACACAAUUCUGUCCGAGAAUCGUGUUCUUUUUUUCGUUUUCCGACAGAUGUGGCACUACGAAAUUCUUGGGCGAAUUUAGUUAGGAGGGCAGAUUCUAUUCCAUCAAAUAAUAGUCGUUUGUGUAGUUGCCAUUUUAAAGAUGGUUUGAAAGAAAAUAGUCCGUCUAUAUUUGCUUGGAAUGAAAACAAAAUAAAUCGUUUUGUUUCCCCCGAAAAACGUAAAAGGACAUCUCAUAGCCUUUUAUUGAUAUUUUAAUUUUUAAAUGAGUUAUAGCUAUGUAAAAUAUUUAAACUUUAAAAUGCUCGUAACUCAAAUCAAAAUUAAAGUAUCAAUAAAUGCCUAUGUGAUUGCCUAGAUAAUAUUUUUACCUUCAGACGAGUACAUCCACAUACGUGAGGAGACGCGGCCAACAUUGGUUGUUUGACCAUUCUCUCAGCUACUCAUGUUGGAAGCCCCCGCAUGAUGCAUUCAAUCGUGAAUUGCAACGAUAGGCAAGACUAUGAUCAAGAUGAGCUGGCAGAAAGAGUCGAACAAAUGUACCGAAAAAAAGAGCCAAACACCAUCUUCCUCUUUUGUUUAACAUAAUCACAAAUCAGUGGAAAACUAUAACAAUAAUUAUACCACUAAAUAGUUAUGGUGAAACUUAUUUAGUGGUAUAAUUAUAGGCAUAGUUUUCCACUGAUUUGUGAUUAUGUUAAACAAAAUUGGAAGAUGGCGUUUGGCUCUUUUGAUCAUAAUUAAACUGCAAAAAGUAAAAUUUGGUGCUUCUACCUCAAUACCAAGGACUGUAUGAACAGCAUAUUAAGUUUCAUCUUAAUAUUUUAUACCUACCAACA